UAUACGAAGUGAGAACAGAUAAGUUGAGUUUGCCGAGCAGAAGGGGCAGGAGUCACAGCCCUGCCAGUCAUUUACUUUCAUUCUGUUGGGUUUACAAGUCGUCCAACUGCACAUUUUCAGAACAUCCCAUUGCAUUUCAGCUUGAGGAAGGCUGCGGCAGUUUUCAGCAUAGUGAAGCCGGUACACAAAAAGAAAAAGGAAUCAACACGCAAAGAUGAAAGACAAAGUGAAGAGAGGAGCAGCGGGAAGAACUCAAGUCAAGACUAAUGAUACUGCCAGUGCUACUUAUGGGAAAGAUUCUCCUGCUGUCAAGCAAGAAGAUGAUUCCUCAUUCCCGGUCAAGAUCCAGGGAGCAGGAGUUGAGCCUUUUGAGUUCCAGAUUUGUGGAUUUUGGCGGGUUCAAGAUGCCUUAACGACUUUGCUCUCGAGAGAUGAGGUCGCUCCGCGCACCAACCUGUCACUGACCUUCGCUGGUGUACCUCUCGACCCCCUGGCGGGAUUGCAAAACAUCAAGGGACUUAAACCUGGAGCCAUCCUGCGUCUGGUUGAGGAACCUUUCACUGCCCGCUCAGCAAGGCAGCAUUUGGCUCAAGUCGUUGAGCUUUUGCGGGCAUCUGGACCUCAGGAUGCCUUGAGAGAAGGACGUUCACCGAGCUUACUGGAAACACUUACACACGCACAAACAUCAGAAACAAGCCUUCCAAAUGGAAAGAGCCUGAAACGCUCUGCAAGCAACCCAAAACCAGAAGCAGCCAACAAUGAUUGCGCACCCCCUGAGUACCUCCUACCCGGUUCCUCCGACCGUCCGCUGAUGGCCCUACUACCACAUAGCUCCCAGCCACAGGUGCCAAGCUCCCUUAGGGACUUGUCUCUCAGCUCUUGGGACCCUCCUCCAGGACACAGGAAGCUGCAAGGAGACUUUCUGUACAUUACUGUGGUGACGACGGAGGGACAAAGGUGUGACGUCACAUCAUGUCCGAAAGGUUUCUUUGUUAACAGAUCGACACCAGAAGGAUUUGAUCCCCGCCCUUCCCAAUCAUCACCAGUGUGCCACUGCUUCACUGACCUGCUCUGUCACAUUAGCCCCGCCUUCAAACACGCUUUUACUACCAACAGGCACCACACAUCUCAAGUGGACAUGAUGCCUACUCCAUAUCAAACCCUUUGCUGGCUCGGCCCCCCCUGUGCAACCCGCACCCACAAAAACACCUUCAGUAGGCUAGGGGUAGAUGAUCAACCAGCAAACCAGGCUCCAGACUGGAACGAGGAGCUGCAAGCAGCCAGAGAUCGUCCACAAACAAGCCUGGAGGAGAGAUUGCAAAGAGAGCGAGCUCUCCUGCAGGUAAACAGUGCAUUUGUGAGGACUGUGUCCCAGGGAGCAGAGACUGUGGUCGAAGGUUUUGCUGAGCCAGUCAAUGGUAACCCGGAGGAUCCAGCUUUCCUGUUUGGUGGCCUGUUCAUGAGCCAGGGGGCAGCUAGCAUGGUGUUUGGUGGGGAGAGGGGCCGCAGGGCUGCUCAGAGACUGGAGCUGAAAGGGGUGCAGCUCUACACUGAUCUGCAUCGGCUGCAGGGGUUGCACACUCUACCUACAGCCAUUGUAGACUACAGAGGCGUGCGCCUGUCAGCCCAAGGUUUAGCUCCUGGCUUGGAAGGCACAGAGCAGGAGGAGGGAACCGCUCCUGUCUCACGGGGGUUGCUCUACGGAGUGAAUGCUGGAUUGCAGGAGUCUCCCCAUCGCAGACGCAUACUGGAACUCCUGGCUCACUCCGCCAAAGCUCUUUCUCUCCAGAGACAUGUUGUCUUAGCACCCAAUGGACAACGGGUACCACUGUUUACAUCAGUGGAUGCACAAGGACUACUGGGAGCUGACGGGCGGUUCUACAUAUUGGAUGUGUUUCGGACUUUCCCACCUGAUGCCAACUAUUGCCCAGAAGGCAGUGGUGUGACAAUAUCUGGAGAAGAGAUGCAGAAAGAAAGCUGCAAUGUAGCUGAGGAGAAGACUCUUAGUGUAAAUGAAGGCUGGCCACUGAAUUAUCAGAAAGACUUUGGCCUUCCAAAGAGUUUUGCUCACAGCCUGUGUAGGCUGAGGCCAGAGUUGAUGCAGAUCUUCAUCCAGUACAAACACACCCAGUUCACACAGCUUGUCAAGGAGAAAUUGGAUAACAAUGGAGGCUUUGAGGAAUGUGCCACAGCUUGUGACUCUCGAGCCACUGAUGCAGUACGGGCUGCUUGUAAGGAAGUGGGCUCCCUGAGUGAAAUCAUUUUUGAAAUGCGAUUUUGCCCCAAUGCCUUUUCUCCAGGAGUGUCAUUCCCCAGCAGUGAAAGUGAGUCACUGCAGAUGCAUGAAAAGUUACUCCGAGAAGCUGCAGCUUUCAUUAUCACUCAUCAGAUACCAGCCUUUGUGGAGUUUUGUCUACAAAGCAAUGAGACCCCAAUGGAUGGCACUUCUCUAAAGGGAGCCCUACAUGAGAAGGGCAUUAACCUACGCUACCUGGGCCAUGUCGUCAAAACUAUCAACCAGUCAAAACACAAGGAGCGCCUACGGCAUUUAAUGAGAUUAGUCAUGAGUGAAAUAUUAAUGCGCUCAACAAGAAGAGUUUUCAACAGUUUCCUUCAGGGGGUGGACAUGCCUUGUCUUGCUACAGCGGUCAGUCACUUCCUGUGCUGCCUGUUGGUUCCUCACUUCACAGCCACCGCAGUGGGAGAGGAGACAAAAAAGAAGUCAAGGCGACGUGGCAGAGGACCCGGGGCCUCUGAGAGUACACCCUGGAGCACGCUUACUGCGACCGAGCUGUGGAACCAGGUCUGCCAGGAUGCUGUUGAAACAUACAGCCUCUCUGACAGUCUCGGUUCUGGUCUGAACCAACUGGUUGAACGCUUCAGGCUUCAGAAGAUCUCCCUGCUAAGAGAGUUCUGUUUAAAGACUGGAGUACAGCUGAGAUUGAGGGACUACUCAUUUGACAGCCAAAGCAAAGCUCCCAUUGGACCAGACGACAUUAUCAACAUCUUCCCCGUUGUCAAACACAUUCAGAUGCCCACUACAGAUGCUUCGAAGGCAUUUCGUGCUGCACAGGUCUACUUUGAAAAAGGUUUGUUGGAAUCGGCCCAUGAACAACUAAAAGAUGCUGCAUAUUUGUAUGGUAGAGUGUGUGACGAUCUCCAUCCUGAGGCAUGUUAUUGCCACAGCCUGCUGGCCAAGUUAGCAUUUCUGCAGGGCAAAACUGCUGAGGCUCGCAGUGUCCAAUUGAGAGCAGUGGUCAUCAGUGAGAGGGUUCUCGGGUUUGACCACCCAUUCACUAUCCACCAAUAUGCCCUCUUGGCUGUAUACGUCUGUGCUGGAGGGGAGACCAACCUGGCCCAGAAGUGCCUGCUCAGAGCACGUCUACUUCUGCUAACCAUCCAUGGAGAGGACCACCCAUACAUUGCCAGGCUAGAUAAUUGUCUUGGCUUGCUCUUAAAAGGGGACCAAGCAGGGAAAUACUUAAAAAACGCCCUCAGAAUCAAUACUUCCUUCUUCGGCCCAACAAAUCUGCACACUGCCCUCACUCAGCAUCUGCUGUCCCAGUGGCUGUGCAGUAAAGGAGACUACCGAGCUGCUAUGAAUCAUGAAAAGGAGGCCCUGGCUGCUUUUACAUCAUUGUUUGAUGAGGAUCACCCUCAGACACAAUGCAGUAAAGAAUUUCUGUGCACAAUUACAAAGCAGGCAGUGCAGGUAGAACGCUCCCUCAGACAGGCGGGAGCUAAUGCCACAGAACAAACAGUGGAGUGCCUGACUCCUACAAGUGAGACUGUUCUGGAGCAAAUGGUUCUCGUCACUGGGAUCAAGAAGAUUGCGGUCAGUGACAAGUUCCAGGAGUACAAGCAGAGACACAAGGAACUGAAGGCAGCCGUGGCAAAAGAGCUGGCAAGCAAAGCAGCUAACGAGCUUUUUGAGGUUAUGAACGGGCAAGAGAAGGAACUGCCUCAAGAUGCUCAAGAAACAGGAAGUGGCGAGAAAGUUCUAAACAGAGGAACCCUGGUUGCGGAGGAAAUUACCCAUAGUCAGCGAGAGGAAGAAACCUCACUCAACACCGUCGGUCCCGCUAAUGGUCACAUGGUAGAGGAGAAAUCAGAAGUGGACGGUGGCGAGGCAGAGCCCAGCCAAAGGGUGGUUUUGGAUGCUGAAGUCAAAACGGAGGAUUGUGCUGAUGGUGACUCAACUGCAACAAAUGGGGUCGAAGCCACUGGCGAGAUGCCGUGUGACCAACCAGACGAGACGAAGACAGACGAAGUUACUGGGAGCCCGAAGAGUAAGGGGACAUGGGCAGAUGUUGUCUCAAACAUGACCGCAGCUGGUGAAUCAGGAAGCAAUGGUGUGGAAAACAUAUCUGUUAACGGAACCGAUCAAGUUUGAAGACAUCAGACCAAGGAAAUUAGUGUAGCAGCCCACUGUAAGAUAAACUGAGACAUGAUGAGCUUUACCAUGUAUGCAUGCUGGGGUGUGUCUGUAUGCCUCCGUGCUACUUUUCUUUUAACAAUAAACUUUUUACCAUGGUGCUUUUUCGCCAUUCAA